CUUUGGUCCCCGGACUGGUUCCUCGGCCCCACCCCUCCAUGAAGCCCCCGCCCACGGUCCGCCUUCCGGACAGCGCGAGGGGGCGGGGGCGGGGGCGGGGCCGGCCUCACCCGGAAUGAAAACAAACGGCGGCCUCUGCGGCAUCCGGGCACUCAGCAGGUCGCGGCUGGCGCGGCGGUGGCGCAGGAUGGCGCAGAAGAAAUAUCUUCAAGCAAAAUUGACCCAGUUUCUAAGGGAAGACAGAAUUCAACUUUGGAAACCUCCAUAUACUGAUGAAAAUAAAGAAGUUGGUUUGGCCUUAAAGGACCUUGCUAAGAAGUACUCUGACCGUCUAGAGUGCUGUGAAAAUGAAGUGGAGAAAGUAAUAGAGGAGAUCCGUUGCAAAGCCAUUGAGCGCGGCACAGGGAAUGAACACUUCCGAACAACUGGGAUUGCCACAAUUGAGGUGUUUCUGCCGCCAAGACUCCGGAAACAAGACAAGAAAAGCUUGUUGGAGACCCGCUUGCAUGUUACUGGUAGAGACCUGAGGUCUAAAAUAGCUGAAACUUUUGGAUUUCAAGAAAAUUACAUCAAGAUCGUAAUAAAUAAGAAACAGCUUCAACUAGGGAAAAGCCUUGAAGAACAAGGGGUGACUCACAAUGUAAAGGCGAUGGUGCUGGAGCUGAAACAGUCUGAAGAGGACGCGAGGAAAAACUUCCAGGUAGAGGAGGAGGAGCAGAAUGAGGCUGAACUGAAGGAGAAGCGCAUUCAGAGGACCAAAAGGGGCCUGGAGAUCCUGGCGGAGAGAGCGGAGAUGGUCGAUCCGGAAACGAUGCCUUACUUAGACAUUGCAAACCAGACAGGCAGGUCAAUCAGAAUUCCUCCUGCCGAAAGAAAAGCCCUUAUGUUAGCUAUGGGAUACCAUGAGAAGGGCAGAGCUUUCCUGAAGAGGAAAGAGUAUGGAAUAGCCUUGCCGUGCCUUCUGGACGCUGACAAGUAUUUCUGUGAGUGCAAAGAGCUGCUGGACACUGUGGACAACUACGCGGUUCUUCAGCUGGAUAUCGUGUGGUGCUACUUCCGCCUGGAACAACUGGAGUGCCUCGAUGAUGCAGAGAAGAAGCUGAACUUGGCCCAGAAGUGCUUUAAAAACUGUUAUGGAGAGAAUCACCAGAGACUGGUCCACAUAAAAGGAAACUGUGGGAAAGAGAAGGUGUUGUUUUUAAGACUCUACUUGCUUCAAGGGAUUCGAAACUAUCACAGUGGAAAUGGAGAGGAGGCUCGGGACUAUCUCAACAAGGCACGCCAGCUCUUUGAAGAGCUGUACAUCGAUCCGUCAAAAGUUCACAACUUGCUGCAGUUGGGGUUCACUGCCCAGGAAGCCCGGCUUGGCCUGCGGGCUUGUGAUGGGAACGUGGACCAUGCAGCCACUCACAUUUCCAACCGCAGAGAGGAACUGGCUCAAAUAAGGAAGGAGGAGAAGGAAAAGAGGAGACGUCGUCUGGAAAAUAUCAACUGUUUGAAAGGAAUGGGUUACUCCACACAUGCCGCCAAGCAGGCCCUUCACCAGGCCAGAGGCAACCUGGACGAUGCCCUGAAGAUUCUCCUCAGUAAUCCACUCAUGUGGUGGCUACAGGAUUUAGACCCUGAAAACAACAGCCGUCAAACAAGUCCUUCCCAAGAGAGCAUCGACCAACUGGUGUACAUGGGAUUCGACACAGUGGUGGCUGAAGCCGCGCUAAGGGUGUUUGGAGGCAAUGUCCAGCUGGCAGCUCAGACCCUUGCGCACCAUGGAGGAAGCCUUCCUCCAGACCUGCAGUUCUCAGGAGAGGACUCCUCCUCCUCCUCCUCCACACCAUCCACAUCCCCAUCAGACUCUGCAGGGACCUCUAGUGCCUCAACAGAUGAAGACAUGGAGACAGAGGCCGUCAACGAAAUCCUGGAGGACAUUCCGGAGCAUGAGGAAGACUACCUGGACUCCACUCUGGAGGAUGAAGAAGUGAUUAUUGCUGAGUACUUGUCCUACGUAGAAAGUAUAAGGUCUGCCACAAACAACAACUGAACAGAACUAAGUCCUACAUUUCUGCCUAUAAAUUCUGUCGUUGUGAAUGGUCGAAUGCAGCUCUUCUUUGCGUUCCUCUUGCUUUUCAACGAUUCUGCUCCACGUAGGCUUCUUCCUCAGGUACAGGGACCCAGCAUAGUGAAGAGAGACUUUAUUGGGAAGAGGACAGUCUAGGAGAGGGAGUCCCUGGCUCUGUUCCCCUUCUGCCUCCAGGUCUGCAUCCCUAACUCGGCCACUCUGCCGGUUUUCCAUCCAGACUGGGAAGCAGGCUCCCUAAUGGAAGCAGGGUGGUCUGCAGAGGGCUGGGGACUCGGUCUCCUGUCCCCCUCAGCUAGCCCUCCUGUGCACUUUUCUUCCUAUCCUGCUACUGAAACUCCCCUCUCCACCCACCGCUGCUGUGCAAGCUUACCUCAGCCCUUGCUCACCCUGCCUCACCCCUGCCUCUCCAUUCCAAGUGCUGUGGGCACAAUGAGAUAUAGGCCGCAUCCCAUACUAAAUGGUGGCAGAUACCUUGAUGUUGAAAUGUCAGUGUUCUGUGCUCUUAGAUCAGUAAAGUCUGUACUUAAAAUUCAA